CUCGAUCACGCUUCCUCCAAGCGUUCACCAAAACCCUAGCGCUGUAGGUUAGGGUUUAUAUACUCCACCGCCACCGUUUGCGGCUCUGCUUCCCAAUUUGUUGUCUUCUUCUUCAAGGUGGGCGAUUUACUCCAAUCGUUGUCUUGUGUUCUUCGUGCCCUCUGAUUCGCUUCGCUUUGCAUAUAGACUCGACUUUUCUGAGCACCAGAAAUGGGCAAGUCAAGCAAAAAAACCAAUGUUGAGGUUGCACCGGUUGUUCCUGCAGUGCCUGCGAAGCCUGUUAAAAAAGGCAAGAGGGAUGCUGAAGUGGCAUUAGAGAAAGAAGUAAGUGCAAAGAGGCAGAAGAAAGAUAUUGAGAAGGUUGUCCUAAAGGAGGAUACCAAGAACCUUAAGAAGGCUUUGAAGGAUGUUCCACCAAAAAAGAAACCAGAAACAAGCAGUUCAGAGGAUGAUUCCUCAUCUGACUCUGAAGAAGAGGAACCUGCUAAAACCGUUCCUGCUUCAGAUAAAAAAGUUUUAGUUGCUGCUAAGAAUGGUUCUGCUGCAGCUGUUACAAAAAAAGGAAAAGAAAGCAGCAGUUCUGAAAGUGAUUCUGAUGAGGAUGAAAAGCCUGCUAAAGCUGCCCCUCAGUCUAAAAAGACUGCUAGUUCUAAAAAUGGUACACCUGCUGCUGCUGCUAAAAAGGAAGAAUCAAGCGAUAGUGAUAGUGAUUCUGAUGACUCAGAUGAAGAAGAUGCACCUAAAGCAGCCAAAGUUGUUCCUGCAGCAAAGAAGCAAGCAACAACUGUUACUAACGCGAAAAAGAAAGAUGAAUCAGAAAGUGAUUCUGAUAUGGAUGAUGAUGAUGAUGAUGAAGAUGCACCUAAAGCAGCUCCUGCAGCAAAGAAGCAAGCAACAACUGUUGCUAAUCUUAAAAAAUCAAAUGAUUCAUCAGAAACUGAUUCUGAUGAGACUGACGACUCUGAUGAGAGUGAUGAUGAGCCACAACUGAAGAAGUCAAAAGUUACUGAUUCUUUGCCUUCAAAGAAGAGCAAUGCCAAUGCCAAAACUGUUGAGGAAAGUGACAGCAGUGAUGAGGAUGAUGAUAGCUCUGAAGAAGAUUCUGAGGAUGAACCUUCCAAUACUAAAAACCUGAAAAAGGAUUCUGUCCCGUCGUCGAAGACCAAACCUGUUGCUAAGGCUGUCAAAAAAGAGAGCAGCAGUGAGGAUGAUGAGGAUGAAGAUUCUGAUGAAAGUUCAGAUGAUGAGCCUUCAAAACAGAACCAGGCUAAAAAGUCAACUGAAGCACCCAAAAAGAGCUCAGACUCAUCUGAGGAAUCUUCUGAUGAGGAAAGUGAAGAUGAGAAGCCACUUAAGACUCCAAAGAAGGAUUUGGAUGUGAAGAUGAAGGAUGCUAAUGCUGUUAGUGCUGAGAAACUAACUGCCACGAAGUCUGAAAAUAAAACGAAUCAGACGCCUGGAUCUAGGACAUUAUUUGUUGGAAAUUUGUCCUUUAAUGUUGGACAGGAUGAUGUGGUUGAAUUCUUCAAGGAGGCAGGUGAAGUUGUUGAAGUGCGUCUGUCCGCAGCAGAGGAUGGCACCUUCAAGGGAUUUGGUCAUGUUGAAUUUGCUACUGAGGAAGUUGCCAAGAAGGCGCUUGAAUUGAAUGGCCAGGAAUUAUAUGGCCGCGCUGUUAGACUUGACCUGGCCCGGGAAAGAGGUUCCUAUACCCCUCAGAGUGGAAAGGAUAGUUACCAAAGGGGCAACAGAGGUCAGAGUCAAACCAUAUUUGUUAAAGGCUUCGAUAGAUCACUUGCUGAGGAUGAGAUUAGGAGCUCCCUUGAGGAGCAUUUUGGGUCAUGCGGAGAGAUUACUCGAAUUUCCAUUCCAAAGGAUUAUGAAACUGGCGCUUCAAAAGGGAUUGCAUACAUAGACUUCCCAAAUCAGGAUGCCUUUAACAAGGCAUUCGAGCUCAAUGGUUCUGAUCUCGGAGGAUACUCACUAACUGUGGACGAGGCAAGGCCAAAAGCUGACAAUCGCGAUGGUGGCUUUAGCGGUGGCAGGGACGGAGGUAGAAGCGGUGGGAGAUUUGGAGGGAGAAGUGGUGGACGUGGUGGAAGGGGCGACCGUGGCCGAGGACGAGGACGUGACUUUGGCGGCAGAGGCCGUGGUCGUGGUGGCACGCCUUUUAGGCAAAGCGCUGGCACAGCCAGUACAGGGAAGAAGACCACCUUCAGCGAUGAUUAGCUGUGGUCAAAUUUCGGAGUUUUGGCUGAAGGAUGUUUGUCUGUGUUUGCACAACAGCCAAUUUUUGCUAUCAUGGAUUAAUCAUCAACUUUUUUUCUGCGUUUAAGUUUCAUUGUAGUUCGUUAUCUAUCAACUUGGUUUCGUUUCAAUAUUAUAAGACCAUUCUAAAUUA